AUGAUUCCAGCUUAUUUGAAUGAACCAAAUCAAGUUGAAGCAAAACUAAUCAUUUUGAAAACAGUUGGUUCUUAAUUAUAUGUAAUAAAAAUGAAUUCCUUUCUUCAGAUGAUACCUUGUCCAACUACAGAAUUUUUCGAUUCUCCAGUUUAUGUUUUGAUUCCUGACGAAAGUGUCAUGACUUAUCCAAUUCUUGUAUACAUUUGCAUAAUGGCAACACAAAUCUUUUAUUUUAUAAUUCAUAGUUUCCUCUAUUUGUUCCAAUCUUCUCCACAAAUGUCUAUUCGAACAAGAGAACUACAAAAAAAGUUCUUGAUUGGUAUCUGUAUUCAAGUUGCAAUUCCGAAUGGUAUUUUUUUUGGUUCCAGUUGGUACAUGUAUUGUUGCAAUUUUUUUGAAUUAUUAUAACCAAGCUAUGUUCAAUAUUGCUGUUUUAUGUUCGAAUUUUCAUGGAAUGUCAGCAACAUUUGUUCUAAUCUAUAUAAAUGAACCUUAUCGGACAUUCACAAUUCGAUUGUUCAAAAAACAUCAAAUCAAUAGAUCCGUUUCUGAUAUUGUUACUUCGCGUUAUUUGGGUUGA